CUAUCACUAUCUUCGAUGUAUAUACAGGUGUCAACUACUCUCACGCUAACCCUCUACAGAAAGCAAAAGCUACAGCAUGCUAUUGACAGUGUUGUGUUUGAUGCUAUUGGCUACUACUGCCACUUCACAGGACAGUUUCGGAGAUGUGAUUGCAAAUAUAAGACACACAAUCAAGGAUAUUAAAAGCAACUGCUUCCAAACCGAAGGUGUGGAUGAAAACGAGCUGGAACGUAUACUCAUGCUAGGAAAAUAUGACAGUACUAAUCAUGACUUAAAAUGCGCCGUGAAGUGCCUGUAUGUAAAUACAGAAAUAAUGAGCUCAACUGGAGAAAUUAAUGAAGCAAAUAUGAAGACAAAAACCGGAACUUCAAAUGUGGAUAUUCAAGAUGCAGUAGUUGCGAACUGCAAAGGUUUUACGGAUUCAGAUCUCUGUGAAAGGACUUAUAAAAUUAGUAACUGCACCUACCAUACUAUCAAAAGUGGACUUACUGGACGCGAAUAAUUUUUAUGAGAAUAGUAUUUGUGUAUUUGUUAUAUUUGGUUUGCUUUUUGGAUCCUUUUGUUCCGCUGUAGUUAUUGUACCUUUAUUAUACAUAUUAUUUAA